GGGCGCAGCAGCAGGCGGAGAGUUGCACUGGAUGAUGAUAAACAUGAGAGAGAGAGAGAGAGAGAGAGACACACACACACACACACACUGAAUAUGCGAUAGCAAGAAACAGUUUAUUUCAAUUAGGCUAGUAAAGCGAAUCUCGGAUAGGAAGGUGACCAGAGGAUUGCGCUUCUACGCGAGGGAACAUAUAUUAUAGAGACGUUCUGUUGCAGUUACAGACGAGCUGAACAGGAAGAAUUCCCUUGCUUUCUGAGAGCGAGAAGGAGUGACUCUGAGGCAAUGAGACAUAAGAACAGUGAAGAAAGUUUCAAUUUCUAAAACAAACUGAAACUCACGACUACAGCGCGGAACACAGAAACCAUGCACUCUAUAUACAGUGUGGGGUAAUUGCCGUUUCAUGCGCAUUUUAACGGAUCGUUUACUUUCCUGGGUUACAAGAACCAGGACAAAAGUUUAUCUAACGGAACGUAUAACAACAUACAGCACAAAUCUAGACUGUUUACCGGAACGUUGAGCCUUUUAGAAGAACUGUGGUGUUCUUCGCAUUGCAUAGCUUAGCUGGUAUUUUCUACCUCGCUGGACUGGUGAUUUGUGGGUCCGCGGGCGGGUUGUGGAUAUAUAUAUUUUUUUUUUCUCCCAUGGCCUCUGCCAGGAUGUACUUUAUAACGAGAUGCAUUUUAAUAUCCAUGAUUUGGAAGAGCAACCGGGCUCUUUUAUGUCUGCCGUGUGAUGAAUCUAAAUGCGAGGAGCCAAAGCAUUGCUCUGGCGCCGUGGUGCUCGGUAUCUGCGGCUGCUGCUCCGUCUGCGCCAAACAGAAAAACGAGAGCUGCGGUGGUGUCUACGGUCUGUACGGGACUUGUGACCGGGGGCUCCGGUGCGUGAUCAGACCGCCGCUGAACGGUGGAUCCAUCACGCAGUAUGAAGUCGGAGUCUGUGAAGACGAAAACUGGGACGACGACCAGUUGUUGGGAUUUGAGCCGUGCAACGAGAACCUGAUCACGGGCUGCAACAUCAUUGAUGGGAAGUGUGAGUGUGACAGCAUACGGACCUGCAACAACCCCUUUGAGUUCCCCAGCCAGGACGCAUGCCAGACCGCUCUGAGGAAGAUUGAAGAGGAGCGGCCUGACUGUUCCAAGGCGCGGUGUGAGGUGCAGUUCUCACCCCGCUGCCCUGAGGACUCGGUUCUAAUCGAAGGCUACGCACCCCCUGGAGAGUGCUGUCCCCUGCCCAGCCGCUGUGUCUGCAGCCCUGCAGGGUGCCUGAGGAAGGUGUGCCAGCCUGGAUACCUCAACAUCCUGGUGUCCAAGGGCUCUGGGAAGCCUGGAGAAUGCUGCGAUCUAUACGAGUGCAAACCAGUGUUUAGUGUGGACUGCAGCACAGUGGAGUGCCCUCGUGUCCAGCAGGUUCAGUGUCCACCUGACAGCUAUGAGACCCAGGUGCGUCUCACCGCAGACGGCUGCUGCACCCUUCCCACCAGGUGUGAGUGUUUGCCCGGCCUGUGUAGGUUCCCUCAAUGCACUGCCGGGAGCUCCCCCGAGGUGGUCUUCCACGGCAACGGUAACCCCGGGCAAUGCUGUGAUGUGUACGAGUGCAUCAACGAGACCAAACCAGCGUGCAGCUUCAACGGGUCGGAGUACCAUGACGGAGACAUGUUCCGAAUGGACGCCUGCCGCUUUUGUCGAUGUCAGGGAGGGGUGUCGGUGUGCUUCACCGCCCAGUGUGGCAUCUUGCACUGUGAACGCUACUACGUCCCUGAGAGGGAGUGCUGCCCUGUCUGUGAAGACCCCAUCUACCCAGUGCUGAACUUUGCCGGUUGCUACGUGAGCGGGGAGAUCCUCGCACACGGAGACCACUGGCGUGAAGACGACUGUACGUUCUGCCAGUGUGUGAGCGGCAAUGCCCGGUGUGUGGCUGCCGCCUGCGGGCACAGCUGCCUCAACCCUGUGACUGUACCAGGAGAGUGCUGCCCAGUGUGUGAGGAGCCCACCUACAUCACGAUGGCGCCCCCUACCUGUCAGUCAUUAGAGAACUGCUCCCUGUCAGAGAAGGACUGCUUAUACGGAUUCCGACAGAACCUGAACAGCUGUCGCACCUGCCACUGCAAGACACGAGAAGAGCUGUGCAGUGCCCUGACCUCUGACUGUACCCUGAAGUGUCCAUUCGGCCUGCAGAUAGAUGCCCACGGCUGUGACGUAUGUCAGUGUCGCCCCAGACCCAAGAAGUGUAAGGCUGUGGUUUGUGACAAGGCCUGCCCCUUCGGAUUCAUAAAGAACAAGCAUGGUUGUGACAUCUGCCGCUGUAAGAAGUGUCCAGAGUUACCUUGUGACAAACCCUGUCCAAUGGGCUUCCAGCAGGACGAGUUGGGCUGCCUGAAGUGCCAGUGCAGAGACCAGAGCUCCUCAUCAGUCGCCCCAUCAGUGAAAAAGGGCUCAUGUCUGUCCAUGGAUGGAAGACGGCACGAGAAUGGGGAGAACUGGCACGAUGGCUGCCGGGACUGUUACUGCCACAGUGGCAGGGAGAUGUGUACCCUCAUCUCGUGCCCCGUGCCAGCCUGCGACAGCCCUGCCAUACGGACUGGACAGUGCUGCCCAUCCUGCCCAGAUGAGCCUAGCUCCCACAAACCAGACCUGGGGGACUCGUCAGUGUGCCUGGCCCCGGGGGGAGAGUACUUUGUGGAGGGGGAGACGUGGAACAUCGACGCCUGCACCCAGUGCACCUGUCACAGUGGGCGUGUCCUGUGUGAGACAGAGGUGUGCCCGCCCUUGCUCUGCCAGAGCCCAAUCAGAACGCAAGACUCCUGCUGCCCUCACUGCCCAGACGAGCCCAUCACUCCCCAAUCUCCCAGUAAUGACAGCAUGCCCAGCUACUGCAGGAACGAGGAGGGAGACAUCUUCCUGGCCGCAGAGUCCUGGAAGCCCAACACUUGCUCCAGCUGUGUGUGUCUGGACGGUCAGAUCAGCUGCUUCUCAGAGUCCUGCCCACCUGUUGGCUGUGCCAGGCCCGUGCUACGCAAAGGACAGUGCUGCCCCUAUUGCCUCGAUGCCACACCGCGAGCCGUGUGCCACUUCAAUGGGAAGACAUAUGCAGACGAGGAGCGCUGGGACAUAGACAGCUGUACACACUGCUACUGCCUUCAGGGACAGACCCUCUGCUCUACUGUCAGCUGCCCCGCCCUGCCAUGCCACCAACCCACCAUAGUGGAGGGCAGCUGCUGCCCCAUGUGUUCAGAGAUGUACGCACCAGCCCCCACCAACGUGCCCAUCGAGAAGACAGACCAGCAUGGAGACAGGAACCAGCCUGCCUGGCCCACACGCAGUGAAAAUGACAUCAUGCCCCAGUUCAGAGGGGACUUUGGUAGUCUCCAAAUGCCCUAUCUGGAUGGGAAGACCCCAGUUCCCAGUGAGGACACCAAACUGCACUCUGUGGCUUGGGUGGCACUGCCCAUCGUCAUGAUGCUCUUCACCAUCACAGCUCUGCUCUACGUCAACCAGAAGAAGCAGUGGAUCCCUGUGCUCUGCUAUCGCACCCCCACUAAGCCCACCUGCCUCAACAACCAGCUGGUGUAUGUGGACUGCCAGAAAGGUACCAAGGUGCAGGUGGACAGUUCGCAGCGCAUGCUCCGGAUCGCCGACCCUGAUUCUAGGUACAGCGGUUACUACAGCAUGCAGAAACAAAACAACUUCAACAACCUGCAGGCCGACAACUUCUACCAGACUCAGUGAGACAGACUGGCCUCACCUCGCGUCCUGUACUCAGCAGUCAGCAAGCAGCCAAAACCAGAGAGAGAGAGAGAAAGAAUGAGAGAGCACCUUACCUACAGUACCGUCAGAACAACUAUGACUUACCACAGACAGACUAAGACAUGUCACCAAACCUAUAAGAUGACAAGAUCACUAGCAAACUAGCAAAGAUCACUCCAAACAAAAAAAGAACAGACAGACAAUUGACAAUGUCCUCAAGAUUAAUAACAAACCAAACAAAAUAGAAUAGAAUUAGGAUUAUGAUGACACAAUGGGAGAACCAGAAUCUAGACUUUCCCUAGAUUAUUAUAAUAAAAAAUGAUUGUGAGUGAGUGUUACGUGUGUGUGUGUGUGUGUGUGUGUGUGUGUGUGUGUGUGUGUGUGUGUGUGUGUGUGUGUGUGUGUGUGUGUGUGUGUGUGUGUGUGUGUGUGUAAAGUUAGAUAUGAAGCUUUGGGAUUAGGACAAACUGGGUAUUUUUCAAGCUAUGGUAUUUUCCUGCAUUCCUGCUUCCUUGAAAAAGGCCUUUGAAGAGAUAAACCGAAUAAUCCAAGCUAUUGUUUUCUGUUGAACACUGAACUUUUAGAACCAAAGCUCCUCUGACUGUCUGUCAAAUAAAAAUCACACCCUGUGAGAGCGAGGCUAGAGGAACGCUGUGGCCUGUCUGAGCUGAGCUAAGCCAUGGCAGGACGGACUGACGACUGCCGGACUUCAUGUGGCGACUCAGACGAAAGAGAGUGAACGAAGGAAAGAAAGAGAGGUCAGACACCGUAGACCCCAUCACAGACAGAACUCAACUGAGCACCUCUCUCAGGUCUGUUCAAGCUGGACUGUUCCUCCCUUCUUUCCUUCCUCUUUUCCUCCCCUCCUUUGAAAACGUCAAAAUUGGCUAGUUGUCUUUUCUUUUCCUGUGGAACGUCACCUGUUGGAAAGGAAGUGGACAGAAAGAAAGAAGCGCCACUCGCUCCGUCACCAGGCUGUCGUUCUCCCUGGUCAGUCGUUUGGAUUUCUAAUAUCUGUUUAUUUUUCUUGGAUGUUCUCAUUUUCCUCGUCAUUUUCAAAUCUCCAUCAUAUUUUGGCUAAAUGUAUUUAACAUCAAAGGACAAGUUGACUUUCACUCACUCCAAACAAUGGUGUCUUUUAUUUUGGAUAAAGAAUAAAGGGGUUCCGGUUGAUAAAGGCAGGAUGAAGCGAGUGUAUUUCUUGAGGACUUGAGCAUAUGCUUUAUAAGUGCUGCUUUGCUUCUGUAAAUCUGUUUUCCACUGAGUCACACACACAUAGAGAUACUCUUUGGCUCCUUUAGGAAACACUGAGAAUACAAGGCAACAUAGUAUCAUCGAAUAUGUUCAAAUGUCUUUUCUCUUGGGGUCUCUGAAGACGAGCUACGGUAAAAGUAGCUCUUUGAUAUUUUUCCUCCUUCCUUUUGUUUUGUUUUAUUGGCUGUGCGACUAACAGUCUCCUCUUCUGGAGGCUGUUGCAUCACCUCGUUUUACCCAAGCACCUUUGUUAUUUUAGUCUUUGCAACAAACAAAAAAAUUGGUUUCAAACAUUAUAGGAACACUUAUGUACAUAUUACUGCAACAGAUGAAAAUAUUGUGUGACUAUAUAUGUAUGUAUGUUGUGUAUGCAUGUAUGUAGGUGUGUCAACACACAUUCAAUACAUACAAGGUUUGUUUUCUUCACAUGUACAUUUCUCCAUUCAUUUCCUAUUGAAUGUAUUUAUGAUUGAGAAAAGAGAUGUGAUGUAAUAAUGGCACACUUGAUGAGAACUAGCAUUCCAUUUGCCUUGCUUGUUUGAAAAAAAGUCAAAAAGAGGAGUGAUAGAGACAGGACGGAAAAAAGACGAACGUCAAUCUUUUUUUCUCAUUUAUUUGAUGUCAAUUUUUUUUUUUUUUUAAACCCAUUGUAUGUCCAUGAGGGCUUUGUUUGAUUGGUCUGUGAGUUCCCUAUCUAUUUGUGUCAAUCUGCUUCCCUGAAUGAAGCAAUGUCCAAAAUGCCAACCAUAUAAUGACAAGUGAGUUCUGGGCUGAGCAGUACCAGGCUCUCUCAAUCUUUUAUUCUUCUCUUUCAUUUGCUUCUGAUGUCAAAACUACUGGAAAGUGGGUGGACAUAAGCUCUGGGAGAGAGGGUGGGAUGGAGGGAUGGAGGAAGGGAGGGGUAGUAGUCGACUUGUGAUAGUUUGUCUUGGGUGUAUCUUAAUCUGUCUGACAAAAAUGUACGUAGAAUCAUACAUCUUGGCACUUUUAUAUAGAAAAUAACCUUUUGGUGUUUUUUUUUACAAAUACUUUUCUUUGAAAUAGGUGCCCUUAGUUUUUUUCUGAGCCCUGUGAGAUCCAGUGUUACAAAUUAGGUUCCAGUUGCUUCUGAAUAUUUGAUCUGCAAAACCACAACUUAAAACUCUGCAUAAUAGUGUGUUUAAUGUAGAACUGUAAAAACAAGAAUCUAGUAAUAAUCCUACAGAGCCAAAUCACAGUUACUGUAUGGAGGCACUGCAUUUCUGUUCAUAGGUAAGUAUUUCUGACAGGGGUGCAUCUUUCACAUGUCCCCCCCCAACAUUCUGAAAUAAAAAUGUUGUCCCCCCUCCCCAAUUUUAUCAUUGGAAUGUGAUACAAGACGAGGCAACUGUGUGCUUUAGGACCAUGUGGAUACCUCUGAGCGGUCGGGUAGGCUGUUUGGAGUGUUUAUCCGACUGGAUAAAAAAAUACAAAAUAAAUUAUGCCCCCCGCUCUUCUAAAACCAAAGUUGCGCCCCUGAUUUCUGAUAAGAGGGAGAAAUAUUUAACUUUCAAAACAGUAAUUGCAACUGAAGCUUGCUCUUGUUCUAAGUUUUCUCCAAACAUAGGACUAACAUACUCAAAUCUACUGUAUAACCAACAGCUACUGUAUGUUUUCAAAGAACAGUUGAUUGGUUCGAUUCUCCAACCUAUUAUGCAGCUCUAUCAUCUGGACACAAACCACGUUAUUCAAACCCCACUUAAAAUCCACAUAAAUUGAGAUCGUUGAAGUGAUGAAUAAUAGUGAUUGAUUUGAUUAUGUUCUAUUGUACACACACAUCACCUUGACUGGCUGAGUUCUUAUAUGACUUGGCUGUAGGUGGCAGGACAUGGCUCUACAACUCUUGCUUGAGUAAAGUGCUACUACAAGAUAAGCAUCUUAUUCACAAUGGGUCUUACAGGGUGAAAUCUUUGUAUUUUUCAGUGCAUCCUCCAAGUAUUGUUGUAAAUACUUGAGCAUCACUUGCCAAAUCAAAAAUAAACACACAAAAAAACAUGGUUGAAAAGAAAGAGAGAGAAAAAAUACAAUUUAAUUUAUUGUGUUAAAUGACCGAAAUAAUUUAUUAAUGAGUAAGGUAAUUGAACAUGAACAUAAUAGGAGAUGAAAUGAUAAUGCAACUGAAAUUGUGAAACUGUUUUGGUGUUGUGUUGGUCUCAAAGAGCGUUUAAAUAAGGUUGUACUUUAGGCAGGUGGAGAAGUUUGAGGAUCACAAGCUCCCUCAUCUUUAAUCAGGGUUUUUGGACACCUAUGGACCUGCCUGAUCCCAGAUCUGCUUUGUGCUGUCUUGCCAACUUCUAUGGUCAUUGUCAUUGCACUUUGAUUGUCACGCAGUGUGAUAACGACCAUAUGAGUUGGCUAGCUAGACAACACGAACAGAUCUAGGAUCAGGCUAGAUCUGUCUUGUCCACGCACAAAAGCCUGACGACCUGAUGAGCCUGUUCCUCUGUCCCAAUAAAGAUAGCCCUUUGAGAUGGGAGGGAUAUCUCUCUGUCCCCAUUCUUUCCCUUUACUCCUUUAAUUUACACAACUGCCAAUCCCCUUUAUAGGCUGUAUAGUACCGUUGUUUUAUGCUUAUGUAAAAAUAACAUGUUGAUAUUGAUAAUGAUGAUAUUGCAAAAACAAGAUCCAUAAAGAGUCAUAGAUAAAGACUUGGUUCUGAAUUUCCCGUAGCAACAGCGGAUUCUUUUGCAGGUUCCUGUAUUGUUUUUGUUUAUUUCUUUGCAGCACAAUAAAUCAUUUGAAAACAGA